AUGGGUGUCAACGUUUCAACUGCUCGACUUGUUGCGCCUGGAGCUUUCGCUAUCAACUUCGCUGCGCAGGUUUAUGGAAUGUUGGCUUCGCCUAACAUGAAGGAGGUUGCGGAUCGGAAUCACUACGCAUUCUCCCCAAGUCCCUUCUUCAUUGCUGCUUUCUUCGCACCUCAGAUGAUCCUGCAACUCGCCUGGAUCCGGAAGUUGUUUGGAAAAGACAGUGAUGUAGACCAAGCUCAGUUGGACUAUGUCCCGAUUUACGCUUUGGGGAAUAUAUGUAUCGCUGGUUGGAUGGUAUUCUGGAACCACGAAAAAUUCACAGCCUCCCAACUCCUCGUCAGCAUCAACACCUUUGCUCAACUCUAUGCAGUGGCCAGGCUUCCGGCGUAUACACAACAAACCGCGCUUACGCAUUGGGUGGCGAAGACCACUGCUGGGAUUGGGUUGCUUGAUUUCGUUGAUAAUGGUGCUGUUGCGCUGGCAUAUAGUCCUCCGCCGUCUACGCUCGUUCAGAUUUUGGCUGCUGCGUUCUUCGGCAUUCCCAGCAUCCUCGGAGACCCAAUCCUCGGAGGCUGCAUCAUCUAUGACCUCGUCGCACUCUACUCAGGUCAACAAGGCUCCUGGCGCUCGACACUUGGUUGGUUCGCUACUGGUUCUGCAGCGAUCGUUGGGUUGAAGAGUAUUUUCUUGUGA